AUCCACAAUCAAUCACCAUGGUCAAAAUUCACCUUACAACCCAAUUUAUCAUCACCAUUCUUCUCCUUCAUAUCCUUACAAGCAUUCAAUCCAAAUCAUUUUCAAGAAACUUAUCAAGAAAAUCACUUGAUUUCAAGAAAGAAAAGCUAACCCACCUCCAUUUCUACUUUCACGACAUAGUCAUCGCUCGUCAUCCUACCGCCAUCAAAGUGGCCUCUUCUCCUACCACAAACACCUCCUCUAGCUUCUUCGGCCUUGUGAUGAUGAUGGAUGACCCGUUAACACUAACACCGGAACCAGGGUCCAAGGUAUUGGGAAGAGCUCAAGGGAUAUAUGCAUCAGCAGACUUGAAGGAGCUUGGGUUUUUGAUGGUCUUGAACUAUUGUUUUACAGAAGGCAAGUACAAUGGGAGCACUUUGAGCAUAUUGGGACGAAAUGCGGCAUUUACGUCGAUGAGAGAGAUGCCGGUUGUUGGUGGAAGCGGGCUUUUCCGUUUUGCUAGAGGCUAUGCUCAAGCCAAGACUCAUAGUCUUGAUUAUAAAACAGGAAAUGCUGUUGUGGAGUAUGAUGUGUUUGUUCUUCAUUAUUGAUGUCGGUGAUUCAUCUUUUCUCAAAUAUUUAACUUCAGUUUCAUCUGUGUAUGUUAAAAAUAAAUACUUAUAAUUCCAUCUUAUUAAUACGUCAAUAACAUUUACGUUAUUCUUGUCU